GUGUUAUUGCUUAAGAAUGUCUGCAGUUAUUUGUGCCUAUAUGUCAUGGCAUCUUACCACUUUUGUGAAUUUUGUUGUGUAAGUUUUAAAUCCGGUACUGUUUUUCAAAAUGAAUAUGGAGUAGUCAUUGGAGAAAUUGGUUGAAUUCUUUGCAGUAGCAAAUAAAUUUUAAUCAUUUUUAAGUUUGAUAACCUUGGUAAACUGAAUUCUGCAAAGUUUACACGUGUUUUAGGAUCCCCGCAAAAUCUACAGGGCAUUGUGUUUUGCAAAAUAGCCAUUUAGCCAUCAGAUUCUUCUGUAGAAUUUUCAUCUUUUUGCCCAUGUGAGAGGUAGUUCUUAUUUGUAUGGAGAUUAAGUACCUGCGGAUGGGAUAUGUUCAUCACCACUUUACAGUAUGAAUUUGAACUUGAAACUGAAAUGAAACCUUUUCUGUUAACCUGUCAGAGUUUUUAGUAGCCUCUUGUUAUUGACCACAUGUUAAUUCCCUAUGUUAGUUAUUCGAAGCUAAGUGUGGGAACUGAAAUCUUUAUUUUGUUUUUCUUCUUUUGAGCAGUUGAUAGUCUAGCAUCAGGAGGAGGUGACCUCAAAUAUGUAUGUAUAUAUAGUAGUGCUUUUCUUCCUUCUCUUUCGUUGUCUGCAGUUUAAAAACUAUUGUGAUAAGUUUAUGUUGUACUUCCAAAAAUGUUGUCAAAGAGCCUAUAUUUUUCAAUUUGUUUUGGAAGAAAAUUACUUUGUGGGCAAGAAGGUGAUUUAAAUUCUUGACGGCCUAAGAGGCGUCAGCUGUGUGAAAUAGGCCGAUGCUGUUAGUGCUUGAAACCGAUGAUGGUUUAUAUGUGAAUAAGACAGCAGAGAUGAGCUUGUUGGGAGUUUGGCCUGAGAUUGCUAGCUAAGGAAUGCUUGCUUGUUUGCUUGAAGGGAAAUGUGUUUUAGGCAUCCAGAGUAAAAAGCUGGUAUUACUUAGUUUGAUUCUUCGACCACUAUGGUGAUAGGAAGUAGCCAAUCUGUGCAGGAAACUGCUGUUAUCCGGCCUCAACUUAGUUUUUGUGGGACCUCUUGAGGUUAGCAAAUUUAUGCUUCCCGAAACUAUAGUUGUAAGGUUUGUCUUUGAGCAUAUGGUAAUGGAAAACCAUUAUCAAUAGGUAGAUAGUAAAUAAUUUUGUGUUUGGCUGCUAUGAAAUUUUUUAGAAACAGUUUGUGGUGAUGUAAAUUUGUUUUCAUCUGGCAGUCACUGGUUUUUCCACCCUGCCCUCUUAAUAGAACAGGGUUGCUUUAAUUUGUUUGCCAGAACUUUAAAUUUUGCAUUUAGUAACAACAGAGGCAUUGUGUUUUUGUAGUAUGAAAACAACGAAAGAUCACUUUGUGAACUUUACUUUUUGAUAUUGACCACUUGCUGUGUAGCCUUAAAUUUCUUACAAGUAUCCCCUGUUAACUGUUAAACACGAAAUCUAUGUUCAUUUCAUGUUCUUGGGACCUUUAAAAAUGCAGCGUGCAUUAUCCGGAAAAGCCUGUUCAAAAACAAGUUCUAGGUACUGGGGUCUCCCGCUGAAUAAGACAGAAGUCUUUGCCCUCGUUUCUGCUGUGGGAGACAGACGAACAAGGGGAUAAAAACAUUCAGAUGGCAGAUCACAGUUUUUCAGAUGGGGUUCCUUCAGAUGCCGUGGAAGCUGCUAAAAAUGCAAGUAAUACAGAAAAGCUCACAGAUCAGGUGAUGCAGAAUCCUCGAGUUUUGGCAGCUUUACAGGAGCGACUUGACAAUGUCCCUCACACCCCUUCCAGCUACAUCGAAACUUUACCUAAAGCAGUAAAAAGAAGAAUUAAUGCAUUGAAACAACUUCAGGUGAGAUGUGCUCACAUAGAAGCCAAGUUCUAUGAAGAGGUACAUGACUUGGAAAGAAAGUAUGCAGCACUAUACCAGCCUCUCUUUGACAAGAGAAGAGAAUUUAUCACCGGUGAUGUUGAACCAACGGAUGCGGAAUCGGAAUGGCACAGUGAAAAUGAAGAGGAAGAGAAAUUGGCUGGAGACAUGAAAAAUAAAGUAGUCAUAACAGAAAAAGAAGCAGCAACAGCUGAAGAGCCAAAUCCCAAAGGAAUUCCAGAGUUCUGGUUUACCAUCUUUAGAAAUGUAGAUAUGCUAAGUGAAUUAGUCCAGGAAUAUGAUGAACCAAUCUUGAAACACCUGCAGGAUAUUAAAGUGAAGUUUUCUGACCCUGGACAGCCUAUGUCUUUUGUGUUAGAGUUCCACUUUGAACCCAACGACUACUUUACCAACUCAGUCCUGACAAAAACCUACAAGAUGAAAUCAGAACCAGAUAAGGCUGAUCCCUUUUCCUUUGAAGGUCCUGAGAUUGUGGACUGUGACGGGUGUACCAUUGACUGGAAGAAAGGAAAGAAUGUUACUGUCAAAACCAUCAAGAAAAAGCAGAAGCAUAAGGGUCGAGGCACUGUUAGAACAAUUACGAAACAAGUGCCCAAUGAGUCCUUUUUCAACUUCUUCAAUCCACUGAAAGCAUCCGGGGAUGGAGAAUCACUGGAUGAAGAUUCUGAAUUCACAUUAGCCUCCGAUUUUGAAAUUGGACACUUUUUCCGUGAGCGGAUAGUCCCGCGGGCUGUGCUGUACUUCACUGGGGAGGCCAUAGAGGAUGAUGACAAUUUUGAAGAAGGUGAAGAAGGAGAAGAGGAGGAAUUAGAAGGUGACGAGGAGGGAGAAGACGAGGAUGAUGCAGAAAUUAACCCCAAGAAGGAGCCCAGCCAGCCGGCGGAAUGCAAGCAGCAGUAGGAAGCGGAGGCGGGUGCCUGGCAGACCGACUGUCGGGACUCCAGGCCUGUGGGCGGGGCCUCGGUCCUUGCCGCAGCACAAUCCCGUCGACAGCGCUUACUCCAUCUAACUCGUUUUCAAGUGCAUGAUUUUCACUUUCACUUUUCCUUUUUCCUUAUUAUUUUGCUUAACUUGUACAGUGGCAAC